UGUAAUACGUGGCUUUAGCGCACCUGGCCUAGCACUCUUUUUUGGAUUUACUAGCUACAUGAUCUGGCGUAAUGUUUAUUUAUUUCAAAUUGAUCUAUAACUUUUAUUGUUUUUUGUUUGUGUGGUUCUUUCUUAACUGAUUUGGGGUCAAAAUCAUUAUUUAUCUCUCAGAAAUGGUUGAGAAUGUUCGAAUCACAAAACCUACAAAGAAGUGUACCGAAUAUCUCAACGAAGCCUGUCUGAGGAACGCCCGUGUUUCUGAAGGAUACAAGGAGAUAUCCAGGCUCAUCGGUAAAGAAAAGGAUGAAGCUGAUGAUGAGGAUGAGGAUGAGGAUGAGGAUGAGGAUGAGGAUGAAGAUGAAUCUGAACUCUCAGGGAAGAAGGUAGAAGAAGAUAUGGAAAUGCCAUGGUGGUGUGGUUCUGCUUGAGAAGAAUUUUGAGAUAGAGAUUGAGCUCUGAUUUUUCAUUGUUGCUCAGUUUUUUUUUCUUAAAAACUCUGAAAACACAGAACACUCUAAAACAAAGAGGCAGUCACUGUAUAAAGUUACAGACGUUUUUUUGGUUUCAAUAAAUCCUUACAUUCAAAAAAAAAAAAAGCUGAAGCUAAAGCUAAUAUUAAGGAUGAAUAUUUGGAACUUAAGUUUCCUUCA